AUGCCGGUGACCCUGGAGCUGCGGCUGCUGCUUCUGACGCUGGCGCUGCGGGGGGGGGUGGGCACCCCCCCUGUGUCCCCUCAGAUGUCCCCCCCGGUGGCCCCUCCCGAGGUGCCCCCCGAGUCAUGUGCGGCGGCGCUGGCGGCUGUGCUGGCGCGGCUGCGGGAGCUCGAGGGACACGUGCGGGCACUGAGGGGACACUGUGGGGACACGGGGGGGCCCCAGGCCGGGACAGGCCGGUCGGUUCAGCUCUGUGCCCCCCCCGCCGGGGGAGGCUGCGCCUGCCCCGCCCCCACGGCCGAGGCCCCGCCCCCCGCCCCGCCCCCCCCGUGCCCGCGGGGCUGCAGCGACCAGGGCCGGUGCGAGCGGGGCCGGUGCCGCUGCUUCCCGGGCUUCAGCGGCCCCGACUGCGGCACCCCCGCCUGUGCCCCCGGCUGGGGGGGCGUCCGCUGCGACAUCGAGGUGCCCGCAGUGACACCACGGUUGGCCACCCGCACCUCGACAUCCCUGCGUGUCACCUGGCCCCGGCCCUCCCCCCCUCCCGACGGCUACCGGGUGACACUUGUUCCCCUGGAUGACCCCAUGGCCAUGACAACGCAUGAGCUGCCUGGCUCUGCUGUGGCCUUCUCGGUGACAGGGCUGUCCCCAGGCCGCCCCUUCGAGCUGCUGGUCCAGGCCCGGCGGGGGCCUCACCUGGGGGCAGCAGGAGUGCUGCGCCUGCGCACAGCACUUGUCCUGGCUGUGCCCCCCCAUGAGGGGUCCCCAGGGUCCCCUCAGGGCUCCCUGGGGUCCCCAGCAGUGGCACCGUCAGCCCGAGGGUCCCCAGGGUCACUGGGGUCCCCAGGGUCACCAGCAUCGCCUGCAUCACCAGAUGUGUCCUUGGGUUCACAUGGGUCUUUGGGGUCACCAGCAUCCCCCCGGGUUCCGGCAUCCCCUGUAGGUCGAGGGUCCCUGGGAUCCCCGGCACCCCCAAGGUCACCAGUGUCACCAGAAUCACCAGUGUCACCAGAAUCCCCAGAAUCUCCAGGGUCACUAGUGUCUCCAGAAUUCCCAAGGUCUCCACUGUCACCAGAUUUCCCAGUGUGGCCAGCAUCCCCAGAACCCCCGAGCUUCCCAGAGUCACCAGUGACCCCAGUGUCCCCAAGGUCACCUCCAACCCCACAGUCCCUGGGGUCUCCAGUGCCCCCAAAGUCCCCAUUAUCUUCAGAGUUCCCAGAAUCCCCGUGGUCCCAGCUGUCCCCGCUGUCCCCGGGUAUCCCCUCCCUGCAGGAACUGGUGGCUCGGCUGUCCCCGUACAGUGGGUCCCUGCUCCAGCGCCUUGAGAGCCACCUUCAGGCCACCAACUUCCCACUCCGGGGCAACCAGACAGUGCCGGCAGUGGCCCGCGCCAUCCUGGAAUAUGUCCUGCGCCGGCACGUGGCCCUCGGGAAGGGACAGGGACCCUCCUCCAAACCCCGAGGGGACGGAACACUCCUGGGGACCACAGGGGAGGGUGGGAAUCAGGAGCUGGUGCUGCAGUGGGGGGACAUGGAUGGGAUAGAGCUGAUGCAGCCAUGGAGGGACGUGGAGAAAACAGCCGAGGCAGAAGAGCUGCCCCCAUCCAAGCCAGUCCUGGGUGACCUCACUGUCACCAGUGUAACCCCCAGCUCUGUGGGGCUGCAGUGGAGCAUCCUCGAGGGCCCCUUCGACUCCUUCACGCUGCAGUACCGGGAUGCCCAGGGCCAGCCCCAGGCCCUGUCCAUCGAUGGAGGGUCCCACUCGGUGACGGUACCGGGGCUGUCCCCAUCCCGCCGGUACCGCUUCCACCUCUACGGGCUGCGGGGCAGGAAGAGGAUUGACCACGUCUCCAUUGAUGUCACCACAGGGUGGAAGAAGCCUGGCUGGAUGGAUGCAUGGAUGGAUGGAGCUGACCCAGAUGAUCUGCCCCCACCCUUGGUGGACCCCCCAACUGAGGCCCCCUCAACUGAGGCACCCCCAGCUGAGGACCACCAACCUGAGAACUCCCAAACUGAGGCUCCCCCAGCACGGGCAGUGCUGGGGGAGCUGAAGGUCUCCAGCGUCACCCCCAGCUCUGUGGGGCUGCAGUGGAGCGUCCCCGAGGGCCCCUUUGACUCCUUCAAGCUGCAGUACCGGGAUGCCCAGGGCCAGCCCCAGGUCCUGCCCGUCGAUGGAGGGUCCCGCUCGGUGACGGUGCCGGGGCUGUCCCCAUCCCGCCGGUACCGCUUCCACCUCUACGGGCUGCGGGGCGGGAAGAGGAUCGACCGCGUCUACAUUGAUGUCAGCACAGCCACAGCUGAGCAAGAGAAGCCACCACCACCCCCAGAGGAGCCCCAACCUGAGCACACCCAAACUGUGCCUCCUCCAUCUGAGGCCCCCCCAGCACGGGCAGUGCUGGGGGAGCUGAGGGUCUCCAGCAUCACCCCCAGCUCUGUGGGGCUGCAGUGGAGCGUCCCCGAGGGCCCCUUUGACUCCUUCAUGCUGCAGUACCGGGAUGCCCAGGGCCAGCCCCAGGCCCUGCCCAUCAAUGGAAGGUCCCACUCGGUGACGGUGUCGGGGCUGUCCCCGUCCCGCCGGUACCGCUUCCACCUCUACGGGCUGCGGAGCGGGAAGAGGAUCGAUCGUGUCUCCAUUGAUGUUGCCACAGGCACGGCUGAACCAGAGGAGCCACUACUGCCCUCAGAGGAGCCCCAACCUGAGCACCCCCAAACUGAGCCUCCCCCAUCUGAGGCCCCCAUGGCGCGGGCAGUGCUGGGGGAGCUGAGGGUCUCCAGCAUCACCCCCAGCUCCGUGGGCCUGCAGUGGAGCGUCCCCAAGGGCCCCUUUGACUCCUUCAUGCUGCAGUACCGGGAUGCCCGGGGCCAGCCCCAGGCCCUGCCCAUCGAUAGCGGGUCCCGCUCGGUGACGGUGCCGGGGCUGUCCCCAUCCCGCCGGUACCACUUCCACCUCUAUGGCCUGCGGGGUGGGAAGAGGAUUGAUCACGUCUCCACUGAUGUCACCACAGCCACAGUUGAGCAAGAGGAGACGCCCCUGCCCUCAGAGGAGCCCCAACCUGAGCACCCCCAAACUGAGCCUCCCCCAUAUGAGGUCCCCCCGAAACAGACAGUACUGGGGGAGCUGAGAGUCUCCAGCGUCACCCCCAGCUCCGUGGGGCUGCAGUGGAGCGUCCCCAAGGGCCCCUUUGACUCCUUCAUGCUGCAGUACCAGGAUGCCCAGGGCCAGCCCCAGGCCCUGCCAGUUGAUGGCGGGUCCAACUUGGUGACAGUGCCGGGGUUGUCCCCAUCCCACCGAUACCGCUUCCACCUCUAUGGGCUGCAGGGUGGGAAGAAGAUCGACCACGUCUCCGUUGAUGUCAUCACAGCCACAGCUGAGCAAGAGAAGCCACCACCACCCCCAGAGGAGCCCCAACCUGAGCACACCCAAACUGUGCCUCCCCCAUCUGAGGCCCCCCCAGCACGGGCAGUGCUGGGGGAGCUGAGGGUCUCCAGCGUCACCCCCAGCUCCGUGGGGCUGCAGUGGAGCGUCCCCGAGGGCCCUUUCGACUCCUUCACGCUGCAGUACCGGGAUGCCCAGGGCCAGCCUCAGGCCCUGCCCAUUGAUGGCGGGUCCCACUCGGUGAUGGUGCCAGGGCUGUCUCCAUCCCACCGGUACCGCUUCCACCUCUACGGGCUGCAGGGCGGGAAGAGGAUCGAUCACGUCUCCAUUGACAUCACCACAGCUGCAACUGAGCCAGAGGAGUCACUCCCACCCUCAGAGGAGCCUCAGCCUGAGCACCCCCAAACUGAACCUUCCCCAUCUGAGGCCCCCCUGGUGAGGCCAGUGCUGGGGUUGCUGAGGGUCUCCAGCAUCACCCCCAGCUCCGUGGGUCUGCAGUGGAGCGUCCCCGAGGGCCCCUUUGACUCCUUCAUGCUGCAGUACCGGGAUGCCCAGGGCCAGCCUCAGGCCCUGCCCAUCGAUGGUGGGUCCCACUCGGUGACGGUGCCGGGGCUGUCCCCAUCCCGCCGGUACCGCUUCCACCUCUACGGGCUGCGGGGUGGGAAGAGGAUCGAUCGCGUCUCCAUUGACAUCACCACAGCCACAGCUGAGCAAGAGGAGCUGCUCCCGCCCCCAGAGGAGCUCCAACCUGAGCACCCCCAAACUGAACCUCCUCCAUCUGAGACCCCCCCAGCGCGGGCGGUGCUGGGGGAGCUGAGGGUCUCCAGCAUCACCCCCAGCUCCGUGGGGUUGCAGUGGAGCGUCCCCGAGGGCCCCUUUGACUCCUUCAUGCUGCAGUACCGGGAUGCCCAGGGCCAGCCCCAGGCCCUGCCCAUUGAUGGAGGGUCCCACUCAGUGACGGUGCCAGGACUGUCCCCGUCCCACCGGUACCGCUUCCACCUCUAUGGCCUGCGGGGUGGGAAGAGGAUCGAUCGCGUCUCCAUUGACAUCACCACAGACACAGCAGAGCAAGAGGAGUCACUCCCACCCUCAGAGGAACCCCAGCCUGACCACCCUCAAACUAAACCUCCCCCAUCUGAGGCUCCCCCAGCACGGGCAGUGCUGGGGGAGCUGAGGGUCUCCAGCGUCACCCCCAGCUCUGUGGGGCUGCAGUGGAGCGUCCCCAAGGGUCCCUUUGACUCCUUCAAGCUGCAGUACCGGGAUGCCCAGGGCCAGCCCCAGGCCCUGUCCAUCGAUGGCGGGUCCCGCUCGGUGACGGUGCUGGGGCUGUCCCCGUCCCGCCGGUACCGCUUCCACCUCUGUGGACUGCGGGGCGGGAAGAGGAUCGACCACGUCUCCACUGAGGGUAGAUCACCAGCCUCACUCUCGGAGGCUUCCCCAACUGAGGACUCCCCAGCUGAGGACCAUGAACAUGAACACGAACAAACUGAGGCCCCACCAGCACGGGCAGUGCUGGGGGAGUUGAGGGUCUCCAGCAUCACCCCCAGCUCUGUGGGGCUGCAGUGGAGCGUCCCCGAGGGCCCCUUUGACUCCUUCACACUGCAGUACCGGGAUGCCCGGGGCCAGCCCCAGGCCCUGCCCAUCGAUGGCGGGUCCCGCUCGGCAACGGUGCCGGGGCUGUCUCCGUCCCGCCGGUACCGCUUCCACCUCUACGGGCUGCGGGGCGGGAAGAGGAUCGACCACGUCUCCACUGAUGUCGUCACAGCUGCAGCCGAGCCAGAGGAGCCGCUCCUGCCCUCAGAGGAGCCCCAACCUGAGCACCCCCAAACUGAGCCUCCCCCAUCUGAGGCCCUACCAGCACGGGCAGUGCUGGGGGAGCUGAGGGUCUCCAGCAUCACCCCCAGCUCUGUGGGGCUGCAGUGGAGCGUCCCCGAGGGCCCCUUUGACUCCUUCACGCUGCAGUACCGGGAUGCCCAGGGCCAGCCCCAGGCCCUGCCCAUCGAUGGCGGGUCCCGCUCGGUGAAGGUGCUGGGGCUGUCCCCAUCCCACCGGUACCGCUUCCACCUCUACGGGCUGCGGGGCGGGAAGAGGAUCGACCACGUCUCCACUGAGGCUGUCACAGCUGAGCCAGAGGAGCCACUCCUGCCCUCAGAGGAGCCCCAACCUGAGCACCCCCAAACUGAACCUCCUCCACCUGAGGCCCCCCCGGCACGGGCAGUGCUGGGGGAGCUGAAGGUCUCCAGCAUCACCCCCAGCUCCGUGGGGCUGCAGUGGAGCGUCCCCGAGGGCCCCUUUGACUCCUUCACGCUGCAGUACCGGGAUGCCCAGGGCCAGCCCCAGGCCCUGCCCAUCGAUGGCGGGUCCCGCUCGGUGACGGUGCUGGGGCUGUCCCCAUCCCGCCGGUACCGCUUCCACCUCUAUGGCCUGCGGGGCGGGAAGAGGAUCGACCACGUCUCCACUGAGGCUGUCACAGCACCAGCCUUGCCCUCAGAGGCUCCCCCAAACAAGGACUCCCCAGCUGAGGACCACGAACAUGAACACCAACAAACUGAGGACCUCCCAGCACGGGCAGUGCUGGGGGAGCUGAGGGUCUCCAGCGUCACCCCCAGCUCUGUGGGGCUGCAGUGGAGUGUCCCCGAGGGCCCCUUUGACUCCUUCACACUGCAGUACCGGGAUGCCCAGGGCCAGCCCCAGGCCCUGCCCAUCAAUGGUGGGUCCCGCUCGGUGACGGUGUUGGGGCUGUCCCCGUCCCGCCGGUACCGCUUCCACCUCUACGGGCUGCGGGGCGGGAAGAGGAUCGACCAUGUCUCCACUGAGGCCAUCACAGCUGCAGCCGAGCCAGAGGAGCCGCUCCUGCCCUCAGAGGAGCCCCAACCUGAGCACCCCCAAACUGAGCCUCCCCCAUCUGAGGCCCCCCCAGCACGGGCAGUGCUGGGGGAGCUGAAGGUCUCCAGCAUCACCCCCAGCUCCGUGGGGCUGCAGUGGAGCGUCCCCGAGGGCCCCUUUGACUCCUUCACGCUGCAGUACCGGGAUGCCCAGGGCCAGCCCCAGGCCCUGCCCAUCGAUGGCGGGUCCCGCUCGGUGAAGGUGCUGGGGCUGUCCCCAUCCCACCGGUACCGCUUCCACCUCUACGGGCUGCGGGGAGGGAAGAGGAUCGAUCGUGUCUCCACUGAUGUCGCCACAAGUGCCCCGGGGACCCUCUGGGUGGGCUCCGUGUGGCCCCGCAGUGCCCAACUGCACUGGGACCCCCCCCUCAUCCCCCCCGAUGGCUACGAGCUGGUGUAUGGCCCCCCCGGGGGGCCCCAGCAGACCCUGCAGUUGCCUCCUGAGGCCACGUCACAGCAGCUGUGGGGGCUUGAGCCGGCGGGACAUUAUGGGGUGCAGCUGUGGGGCCGGGGAGGGGACCCUCAAACCGCUCCCCUCGAGGCCACCUUUGACACCCCCCCUCUCCCGCACCCCCACCCCCGGGACUGUGCCGAGGAGCAGCGGAACGGGCCGGGCCCCUCGCGGGAGACCCUCGUGUUCCUCGGAGGGGACCCGGCCCGGCCCCUCAGGGUCUUCUGUGACAUGGAGACGGACGGCGGCGGCUGGCUGGUGUUCCAGCGCCGCCAGGACGGGGGCACCGAUUUCUGGCGGGGGUGGGAGUCGUACGCCCGCGGCUUCGGCAACAUCAGCGGCGAGUUCUGGCUCGGGAACGAAGCGCUGCACGCGCUGACGGCCGGGACCCCCACGGAGCUGCGCGUGGACCUGCGGACCCCUCGCGACUCCGCCUUCGCGCACUAUCGCGACUUCGCCGUCGGCGGCGCCGAGGAGCGAUAUCGGCUCCGAGUCGGGACCUUCAGCGGCACCGCCGGGGACGCCCUCUCCUACCACUCGGGCAGCCCCUUCUCGACACGGGACCGGGACCCCCGGGACCCUCGGGGCCCCCGAGAGCCCCCGGGGCACCCCCGGCCUCCCCACUGUGCUGUGGCCUAUGGAGGGGCCUGGUGGUACCGGAACUGCCACUAUGCCAACCUGAACGGGCGCUACGGGGCCACCCGGGACCACCAGGGCAUCCACUGGUUCCCCUGGAAAGGCUUCAACGUCUCCAUCCCCUUCACUGAGAUGAAGCUGUGGCCGCAACGUGACUGUAACCCCCCUGCGGGCCUCCAAUACACCCCUGGAACCCCAAUCCCCCUCUGUGGCCCCCAGACCCUGCAGUUGCCUCCUGAGGCCACGUCGCAGCAGCUGUGGGGGCUUGAGCCGGCGGGACAUUAUGGGGUGCAGCUGUGGGGCCGGGGAGGGGACCCUCAAACCGCUCCCCUCGAGGCCACCUUUGACACCCCCCCUCUCCCGCACCCCCACCCCCGGGACUGUGCCGAGGAGCAGCGGAACGGGCCGGGCCCCUCGCGGGAGACCCUCGUGUUCCUCGGAGGGGACCCGGCCCGGCCCCUCAGGGUCUUCUGUGACAUGGAGACGGACGGCGGCGGCUGGCUGGUGUUCCAGCGCCGCCAGGACGGGGGCACCGAUUUCUGGCGGGGGUGGGAGUCGUACGCCCGCGGCUUCGGCAACAUCAGCGGCGAGUUCUGGCUCGGGAACGAAGCGCUGCACGCGCUGACGGCCGGGACCCCCACGGAGCUGCGCGUGGACCUGCGGACCCCUCGCGACUCCGCCUUCGCGCACUAUCGCGACUUCGCCGUCGGCGGCGCCGAGGAGCGAUAUCGGCUCCGAGUCGGGACCUUCAGCGGCACCGCCGGUGCGGGGCGGGGGGGGCUGUGGGUUUGGGGGAUCCCUGCUGGGCUUUCGGGGGGUCCCUGCUGGGGUUUUGGGGGGUCCCUGCUGGGCUUUGGUGGGUCUCUGGGAUGUUUUGGUGUUCCUGGAUGUUUUGGGGGUCCCUGGUGGAAUUUUUGUGUCCCUGAUGGGAUUUGGGGUUCCUCGGGGUCCCUGAUGGGUUUUGGGGGUCCCUGGUGGAUUUUUGCUGGGGCUUUUAGGGGUGCCUGGUGGGUUUUGAUCCCUGACAAGUUUUGGUGUUCCAAGGGGUCCCUGGGAGGGGUUCUCUGUGGGGUUUUGGGAUCCCUGGGGGUGCUGACACCCCCUCCUGCAGGGGACGCCCUCUCCUACCACUCGGGCAGCCCCUUCUCGACACGGGACCGGGACCCCCGGGACCCUCGGGGCCCCCGAGAGCCCCCGGGGCACCCCCGGCCUCCCCACUGUGCUGUGGCCUAUGGAGGGGCCUGGUGGUACCGGAACUGCCACUAUGCCAACCUGAACGGGCGCUACGGGGCCACCCGGGACCACCAGGGCAUCCACUGGUUCCCCUGGAAAGGCUUCAACGUCUCCAUCCCCUUCACUGAGAUGAAGCUCCGGCCGCAACGUGACUGAGGGGGCUGGGGCAGCCCCCUGUGUGCGGGGGGAGUUUAG